UAAAGGCGGUCCCGAUUCCCCGGCCGGAGGUUCCUGGCCACCGCUGGAGCGGCGGGGCCCUCGUGCGAUAGGGGUGCCAUGGCCACGGUCACGGCCACUGCCACAGGGAUGCGGGGUGGCUGCAGCCACGGGGUCCUCCCUCUGCUCUUCCUCCUGCUGCAGGUGGCACUGGACAGCGCAGAUGGCAGCUGUGACCUCACUGACCAGUGCUCCGCCAGUGCCAGCUGGACCAGCCUGUGGUAUGUCUGGCUCAUCCUGCUGACUGUGUUCAUGCUGCUCCUCUGCGGCAUCCUGGCCAGCUGCAUCAAGUUCUGCUGCCAGAGAAAGCGGCCGCCCGCCCAGACCACGUUCCCCCUCCCCAGGAGGCCCUACGAUCUGACGGUCAUCACGGUGGACAAUGACAGCACCAUCCACAGCACCGUCACCUCCUACAGCUCUGUGCAGUAUCCCCUGGGCCCACCCCUGCCCCUGGCAUUUCGGGAGAUGGAAUCAGGCACUGUGGCCCCUCCAGCCUACAGCCUCUAUGCCCUAGAGCUGCCCCCCUCCUACGAAGAAGCCAUCAAGAUGGCCAAACCAGGCUUGGAAGGAGCUCCUUCCUCCCAGAAGGCCAGUUCCAGCCCAGAACAACCUGAUCCCUGUGGGGAUUCCCAGCCCGGGACAGGACCGGGACCCUCCCCAAACCCUGUGGAGCCCCAGCCGUAGCCCAGGAGCACGAGGGGCUUUGGAGAGAGCUGUCCCGGGAGGCUUGAGGAGCAGCCGAGGUGGGGGGUCAAUGGAGACUGUCCUUGAUGUCCCUGCCUCUGGCUUGGGGCCAGCUCAGCGACCUUCACUCAGAAGGGGAUCUGAUGACACCCGAGGAGCAGGCCGGUAAAAAUAGCAGAUGGCCCUGACCAGCCUAGGCUUCUCCCCCCAGAGGGAGGAACAAAAUGUCCUGGGCUCCACUCGCCUGACGCCAUCGGGAAGAAAGAGGGCAUCGGGCCCCCCAGCUGGGGGCUGUCAGUUCUGGCUGGGUCAGACCAGGCCACGGAGAGGGAGGAGGGCCGGGCCUGCUACGGCCUCUCUCCAGCAAGAGUCACCCAGGAAUUGUGUAUUCCAAUGGCUGGUGGUGUGAUAGUCACAGUCUGAAGAAGAAACUGGGACUGUGAAGAGCGAUCCAGGAGAAGACCUCAAGCCCCCUCGAGGGGCUCGGGGCCCGGGGGAGGACUUCCCUGGCUAGAGUGAGAAGAGACUUCCUCUACCCCCUCCCAGACUGGCAAGAUGUAUGUGUUGUGGGGGAGCUGGGUCCCAGCUCAUCUCGACUUUGCCCCCCCUUCGUGGGAUCUCAGAGCAAUUUACCCCAACUCUGGCCUAAACAGGACUUUCCCCUACGGUGGACCCAGCAGAGGGUCAUCUGGCUUUCAAUGAAGGGAUAAGAACUCGUUUUCCUCACAAAUUACCCAUUAAGUGACGGAAGAUUUUUUUGCAUUACGUCUAAAUUUUGCCUUUUUAUAACUUCUCCCCAUAAUUCUCUGAAACCAAACAGAGCAAUAAUCUUCUUUCCGUGUCACGUCAACUCAGACGCUUGGAGAAGUUAUCAGGGCCCCCCUCCCCACCCCAGAGCUCCCUUCCCCAGGGUCAUAUGGGAUGCACUUGAGCCUUCACUUAUUCUGGCUGCCCUCCUGUGGACUUUCCUUUGUCAUCCGGGCCCGAUAUUGUCCAGCACUGAGGGGGAGGUGGGACUGCAUCCAGAAUUGGAGGGAGGACGCUGGGGGGUUGGGGCGGUGGGAGGAAGAAGUUCCUUAUGUCAUGUUUGAAUGAAAUGCUCCAGUCUAGUCUGCUUUGA